AUGGCUGAAUCUAGGCCUAUGGACACUGACGAGCCGGCGGCGGAUGUCAACAAGGCUAAACACGCCAUGUUGACAACUCUCGCCGAAUACAUUAGGAGCGACCCUAUGUUCUGCUCCCUGGUCCACUCCCUAGUGGUUGCCAACGCCCCCCGUGCGGUGCCUGACUCGCCGGAGUCACCCGCUUCACCCGCGUCACCCGCGACCUCUACCGACUCAUCUGAGUCAUCCUCUUCCUCCGACUCGUCGGAGUCGGCCGUGUCCUCGGACGGACCUAGUCCGCCCGGGAGCCCGGCCGGCGCCGUCGAUCCCGACCUCGCCAUGGAUUCCGAUCCAGGCGCACCCGUCUUAUCCGAUGUCCCCGUCGCUUGCGCGUCCAAGCGACCUGUUUCUCCUGCCCCUAGCGAAUCGCGGUCUGGGGCCGCGUCGUCGGACCUCGACGACGACGGCUUCACGACCAUAUGUCAUCCGUGGCAUACCCCUCCAAAUGUCGGCCGCCGAGGUCCAACAAGGCCUCCAAGCCAAGGGCAUCGCAGCCCUAGAGGUGCACCGGAUGCACCGCAAAUCGCGUUUGUCACGACGUGGCAUACAAUACGAGAUGGUCCUCGCCAUCUUGGCUACCCCGCGGACGUAAAAGCUCUUUACGAGCUUCGCGACAUCUCGGGCCUUGGCGGCUUCACCGUCGAGACCCCACAUAAGACUAGCGAGGUUGCGCAGUGUCACAACUGCCAGAAGUAUGGCCACAACUCGCGUGGCUGUCGCCUCCCCGCCAGGUGCGUCAAGUGCCUCGGCGAGCACGGCACGUCAGAGUGCCCGCGUCCGAAAGAUAGGUCCCAGUGCACGGAGCCGCCUUCGUGCACCAACUGCCGGCAAUCUGGCCAUCCGGCCAAUUACCGGGGGUGCCCACGGGCACCCAAAUACAAGUCCAAUUAUAGGACCAAUCAGGCCCCUAAGGCCAAGGCCCCUCAGGCCGAAAAAUUCGUUUUGGCCCCAGCCCCGACACGUAACCCGUGGUUUCCCGCCACGGUACGUGCCGACUCGCGUCCCCAGGCCCAGGGCGGUGGUUCUCCCGGAGGAUCUCCCGCCACCCCGGCCACAACACCAGCAGCGGCGGCCACUGUUCCCGCUCCCGUCCCAACGCCCUCGACCUCCAAGGCUACCUCUUCCAAGGUAGUCAAGUCGAAGGCUCCCGCACCAUCCAAACCCCAGGUGGCGGCGACUCCGGCGUCUAGCGGCGCGGCUUCUUCAUUCUCUCUGGUUUCCCCCAGAGAUUAUCGAACUCCACGCGCUGAUCCACGACUGCUCGUCCAAAAUGAAGGCACUGGGCCGCUCUGA